AAUUUUUUUGAGGUUAUUGUAUUCUCAAAAAAGAAUCUCUGUUUAAAAAUAUGUUAAUUAUUUAAUAAUUUGUUGUAAUUCCAAGUAUUAUUGAUAAUGAGUGCCAUAACAAAAUCCCUAACAGUACUUCUCGGAUUAACUGUUUGCGGAGUUUCCGGCUAUGUCUUGUACCUGCUUAUCCACAAAGACGAAGAUGACGAUUACUUGGACACAUUGGCUAAAGCCUCUAAAUUUAAAACACACGAAGUUAAAGUCCCGAAGGAAAUCGUUCGCUCCCUCAUUGGUCGAAGCGGCAGACAUAUUAAACAAAUUCAAGAACAAUCGAGCACGAAAAUAUUCUUUCGAGACACUGAUAGCGAUGAAUAUAAAAUUUGCGUUGUUAAAGGGUCUAUAGAAGCUUGUCAUAUCGCCGAGAAUUUAAUUCAGGAGUUUAUUGAUAACCAACCGGUAUUGGAGAGUGAAGAUAUGUGGGUUCCUACUGUAUCAGUUGGUAAAAUUAUUGGUAGAAGCGGUGAAAAGAUAUCUGAAAUUAGAAGUUUGUCAGGAUCGAAAAUUACUGUUACCGAUGACCUAGAUGAUCGUAUGUUGAAUUCGAAAAGAAUCACAAUUAAAGGCACUAAGGAACAAAUCAAUGUAGCAAAGUCCCUUAUCGAUGAUAUUGUUGAAGAAGUAAUGGAGCAACAACAGCGAUUAGAAGCUUCAUUAGCGAAACGGGAACCUAGAAUUCCACUUAAAUCUCCCGAUCUAGCCAAGACUAUAGAAAGCCCUAGAGUCGAAAGAAUGUCUCCACUACCAGGUCAACCAGAGAAACCCUUCGAAGUGUACAUUUCAGCAAUGGUAGAUCCCUCAAGGUUUUGGGUGCAAAUAGUCGGUCCUAAGGCAACGGAAUUGGAUUGUUUAGUAGAAGAAAUGACAGAGUAUUACAAUAAAAUUGAGAACAGAACCGUCCACGAACUGCAAGAAGUCAAAAAAGGCGAUUUAGUAGCAGCUAAAUUUAUGUACGACAACAAAUGGUACCGAGCUGAAGUUUUAAAUUUGUUAGAAGAAGUUGCGAAUGACGAUAAUGAAAAACGAGCUGAAUUAUAUUACGUAGACUACGGUGAUACUGACGUUGUGGCAUGCAAAGAUGUCUACGAAUUGAGAACUGACUUUUUAAGGUUGCAUUUUCAAGCUAUCGAGUGCUUUCUAGCCAGAGUUGAGCCGACAGGCGAUUCCUGGUCCGAGGAAGCUAGAGAUCGAUUCGAAGAAUGGACCCACGUGGCGCAAUGGAAAAAACUAUCGGCUAAAAUGAACGGUUACAGCGUUCGAGAGAAAACGAGAGCGAAGCGGGAAGGUUCUCCAGUACCGGGCGUGGAUUUGUACGAGAUCGAAGAGCACGAUAUAGACAUUGCCGAGGAACUGGUCAAAGCGGGAUUGGCCACGUUCAAAAAGGACAGCGGCGCAUUGGGCAGUUGUCGGACAAACAGCAAUAGUAGCAUUAGUGUUACGAGUAGUCUGAGUUAACCUAUCUUAAGAGCAUAUUCCAUAGCAAAUGGGGUACGUGCUUGUGGUUAUGAAUUUGGUUUUUGAUUUUAUUCUUAAUGCUCUUCAUUUUGAUUUUUUUUUCGAGUACAUUUAUUUUCUAUUUAUAUUUAUAGAGUGAUUGUAAAUACGAUUUGUUAUGUUGAAAGGUCGUUUAAUUUUAGGACAAGAAAAAAUAUAGAAUUAAGAAUUAA